AUGGAACACGAGGAGCAUAACGACCAUGAACUCACAGAGGGUGCAGGUGCGUUCAAAUUGGACACUGACCAGCUGGCCGAACUGCAUAACCCGAAAUCACUACUGGCAUUCAAAAAAGUGUUCAAGAAUAAAGAGGAGAACCUGUUCAAGUACUUGAAGACCGAUCUGGAGACUGGUAUCAAAGUACCACUAAACGAGACUGAGGGGACACAGAACCAUCGGUCAACGGAUCGGUACAGGAAAUACGGGGAUAACAGGAUCCCAGAGAGACUACCAAAGAGUUUUGGGAAAUUAAUAUGGGAAGCCUUUAACGACAAAACGAUGCUGUUGCUAACGGCUGCUGCUAUCGUUUCGUUUGCCCUCGGGAUGUACGAAUAUUUCUAUACGCCCGUGGAGUAUGACCCUGAGGGCAACCCAAUCAAGAAAGUGGAUUGGAUCGAAGGUAUCGCUAUUAUGAUGGCUGUUGUUGUCGUUGUCUUCGUGGGUGCCUUGAACGACUACCAGAAGGAGUUGCAAUUCACCAAAUUAAAUAAAAAAAAGCAAAACAGGCAGGUUAUAGUCAUCCGAAAUGGGCACGAGGUUCUAAUAUCCAUCCACCACAUCCUUGUCGGAGACAUUAUCUCCCUGCAGACAGGUGACGUAAUACCAGCGGACUCCAUCCUCGUACGAGGUGAAUGUGAAGCGGACGAAUCCUCAAUCACGGGGGAAUCCGAUACCAUCAAGAAGCACGACUUGAAAUCAUGCUUGGAGAUUUUCGACAAGAUGACCAGCACCAACGCUGCCUCCCAGUAUGGUGGAACACCAUUAGAUAUCGGGUAUGCCAAUUCUGACGGCGACAAAGUCCCCGACUGCAUGCUAAUUUCGGGGUCCAAAUUGCUUUCCGGUCUUGGGAAAGCCGUGGUAACGUCUGUCGGCACAAACUCCAUUUAUGGCAGGACCAUGAUGUCGCUUAAAGUGGAAACAGAUUCGACACCUUUACAAGAACGGUUAAGUCAGCUAGCAGACAGCAUAUCUGUCUACGGUUGUGUUGCCGCAAUCAUACUGUUUUCUGUCCUCUUUAUCAGAUUCCUACUUUACGUGCUCCUUCCUAACGGGCGUUUCCACGACUUGCCUCGAGCUGAAAAGGGUACCAAAUUUAUGAAUAUCUUCAUCACAUCGGUUACCGUGAUUGUUGUCGCUGUUCCUGAAGGUUUGCCCUUGGCGGUAACUUUGGCGUUAGCCUUUGCAACCACAAGGAUGACCAAGGACGGUAAUCUGGUUAGAGUCCUAAGGGCGUGUGAAACUAUGGGUUCCGCGACUGCUGUGUGCUCGGACAAAACGGGGACAUUAACGGAAAACAUAAUGUCUGUAGUUAAGGGGGUUUUCGGUUCCAGCAGAUUCGAUGAUAGUUCAGACAGCGAUAGAGAGGUCGACACGUCAUCUCAUGAGAUUUUCCACAAAGAUGCAGAAUUUGUUUCCACAGAAUUGAGGGAUGACGUCUUUGCAAACCUGAUUUUGAACUCUACCGCCUUUGAAAAUAAGGACUACCGUGCUAACUCUACGGAUUCGCCAUUCAAUGCAGAACCGCAAUUAGAUGACGUUGAUUCUGCAUCUGGAGACGAUGAUGAUAAUUCAAUCCUGAUGGAGAGGGUUUCGAAGGGGAGGGAAGAACCGUAUAUUGGGUCCAAGACUGAAACUGCGCUAUUAAAUAUGGCGAGAAAAUCAAUGGAUCUGAAAUGGGGGGAGCUCCAAAGUUUGCGUGACCACCCAGAAGAAAAUUUUAACGUUGCGGAGAUUGCUCAACUUAUUCCUUUCGAAAGUUCUAGGAAAUGGUCUGGGGUUGUAGUGAAAUACAAGGACACUGGGUUGUAUCGACUCUUUGCAAAAGGUGCUGCGGAGAUGAUCUUCAAUGAAUGCCAGAGUAAAAGAAACUCUCAAGUCGACGAAUCUUCCGGAAAAUACAGUGAGAAACUAGACGAUGCCUUGAGAAAGACCGUUAACGACGAAAUUCAAAAACUCGCAAACAAUGCUUUAAGAGCUAUCUCCGUAGCACAUAGAGACUUUCCUGGGUUAAAAUCCUGGCCGCCGGAGCAGUUUGUGGACGAGAAUCCGGAACAAGCUAAACCUGAAUCGCUUCUUUCUGAAAGCUUACCUUCAGAUGCGGAAGGAGAAUCGGGUCUGGUGCUGGAUGGGUUUGUUGGUAUCAUGGAUCCCUUACGCCCAGAUGUGAGGAAUUCUGUUCUUCAAUGUCAGGAUGCUGGUGUAACGGUAAGAAUGGUAACAGGUGAUAACAUUCUGACCGCCAGAGCUAUUGCCAAAAACUGUAACAUACUAUCUCCAAAAACUUUUGAAAACCCGAAACACGCGAUGGAGGGCCCUAAAUUCCGCAAACUUUCCCACGAUGAGCGUGUUAACAUUCUACCGGAUUUAAGAGUACUUGCGAGAUCAUCACCGGAGGAUAAGAGGCUUUUGGUGGAAACCUUAAAAGGUAUGGGAGAGGUCGUUGCUGUGACCGGUGAUGGUACGAACGAUGCGCCCGCCUUAAAACUGGCGGAUGUUGGGUUUUCCAUGGGGAUUUCGGGCACCGAAGUUGCAAGGGAGGCCUCUGAUAUUAUUUUGAUGACUGAUGAUUUCUCCGCUAUUGUAAACGCUAUUAAAUGGGGUAGAUGUGUUUCAAUUUCCAUCAAGAAGUUUAUCCAGUUCCAGUUGAUCGUUAACUGCACCGCUGUUACGCUAACGUUUGUUUCCUCCGUUGCCUCUGAUGAUGAGACCUCUGUGUUGACUGCAGUUCAACUAUUGUGGGUUAAUUUGAUUAUGGAUACUCUAGCGGCUUUGGCCUUGGCCACUGAUAAGCCUGAUCCAAAUAUCAUGACGAGAAAGCCAAGAGGCCGUGCGACUCCGCUGAUAACACCUUCGACAUGGAAGAUGAUAUUGGGACAGGCUUUACUGCAGUUGAUUGUAACAUUUACUCUACACUUUCAUGGACAGGCUAUUUUUUUCCCAGGUGAAACAGAAAUUUCAGGCCACCAACAGCAGCAAUUAAAUGCGAUGACCUUCAAUACCUUUGUCUGGCUUCAGUUUUUUACCUUACUGGUGUCUAGAAAAUUGGAUGAAUGUGACGGUAUCUCUUACUGGAAAGACAGAAUCAGCCAAGCUAAUUUAAACUUUUUCCAGGACUUGUUCAGGAACUAUUACUUUUUGGUUAUUAUGGGCAUUAUCGGCGCAUUCCAAACCUUGAUAAUGUUUUAUGGUGGUACUCCCUUUUCCAUCGCCCCACAAACUAAACAAAUGUGGGUCACCGCGGUAGGGUGCGGGUUGCUUUCACUCCCUGUUGGUGUGUUGAUUAGGAUAUGUCCAGAUGAGUGGGCAAUCAGGAUAUUCCCUGCCAAGUUAUUCCUAAAACUAAAAUACGUCGUAGGUCUUGAGUUUUUGAGAUCAACUCAUAAACAAGACGAUGACGAGGAAGCAUUGUUAGAUAAUGCGAGUUCAGGUUCCAGCGCAUAUUUCUAA